AUGUAUCUCGUCGGUUAUGUCGACGCUUCUGAAAUCGAACCACCCCCCCCCCCUCAACACACGUCUAAACUGCCCCCUCUAUCUCAUGAAUCUCUCCCCAAAUCUCUCCAACCUCUUAAUCAAACCUUCCACUCCUCUAUAACAGUUGCUGCACCAUACCAUUCGUUCCUCCCAUCUCUGCAGCAACACAAGAUUUCUCCUCAAAUUCCUAUUCAAGGUAAUCUUGCAAACUCCAUCCCUGUACACGUUUUGCUUCUAAAUCUACUCGUCGAACUCAUGAAAUUUUUGAAUAGGACCGAACAGAGAAUCAAGAACCAUCCUUUUCAAAGCAUUGCAAAUUCUGAAAACUCAUCCACGAAGAAACGAGGGAAAGGAAGAGAGAAGCCACAACCUCUAUCAUUUACAGCUUACCCGUCACAAAUUGUUGAAGGUUGAGCGGCGACGAGGAUGUGGUGGUGUUGAGC